GGCCGGAUGGUGUAGGAUAUACUGCUGAAAUAUGCCUGCUAUCGCAACCUUUUCUCCAAUAUAUGGAAUACGAGAAACUGUUUUGCAAAUAAACACAAGACUAUCUUGAACGCGGAGGGAGAAAUCUCAGGAACUCUUGUCUCAGAAUAAACUAAAAUUGAUUUGUGGAGCUCUUGAGCGUUCGCGGCUCUCACCAAAAAGAGAGUCGGACAGCAGUGCACGGGCAGACAGGUGAGCUGGUCUGUGAAGUGCCACACACCGACUGUAAUCUCAUCUUGGACUGAUCUUUAAUACCUGAUCCACUGAGAUGGAUGGACGCAGUGAGGAUGAAAGUGUCACCAACAGUACUGGGGAGUCCAGUAACUCAGAUGAUGAGUCUGGGUCAGGCUCUGGCUCCAGCUCAAGCAGUAGCAGCUCCAGUAGUAGCCAGUCAGAGAGCAGUGACUCAGGAAGUGGCUCAGAUUCCGGAAGCCAGUCAGACUCUGACUCUGAGAAAUCCAAGGAAAAGAAUGAUCAGGACAACAAAAUUGAUGGAGCAGCGUUUUGGAAGUCCAACCCCAGUAUCUUGACAGUGCAAAGGUCAGCCAUGCUCAGGAAACAAGAGCAACUCCAGCUACAACAAGAGCAACUCCAACAGCAGCAGAGCUCCUCAAACAGUGGCUCAGAUGAGGACUCUUCCAGUAGUGAUGACUCAGACGAUGACUCAAAAAGCAAGAGUAAAGAGUCUGGAUCAGACUCUGAUUCGGGUUCGGACUCUCGCUCUGGUUCGGGAAGUGGCUCAUCGGGCUCCUCUGCAGAGGAGGGGAACAGUGAUGAGUCUGUGUCUGACUAUGAGCCCAGUCAAAAAGUCAAAAGCAGAAAACCUCCAAACAAGGCUAGUGCUAGGAAUGGGAAGAGCAAAGCUUCAAAGAAGAAGCCCUCCCUCUCCUCAGAUGAAGAGGAUGAUUAUAAGAAGGCCCUAGCAGGACCUCGGCGGCAGGCCACAGUCAAUGUGAGCUACAAAGAAGACGAGGAGCUGAAAACUGAUUCAGAUGACUUGGUGGAGGUGUGUGGAGAGGAUGUGCCUCCACCAGAGGAAGACGAGUUUGAUACACUGGAGAGAGUGAUGGAAAUUAGAAUGGGAUUGAAAGGAGCAACAGGGGCUGUGACAACAGUUUAUGCCAUAGAGGCAGACGGAGACCCCAACGCCAACUUUGACCCUAACAGGCAGCCUGGUGAGGUGCAAUAUUUGAUCAAAUGGAAGAAUUGGUCUCACAUUCACAACACCUGGGAAACAGAGGAGACUCUCAAACAACAAAAUGUGAAGGGCAUGAAGAAACUGGACAACUUCAAGAAGAAAGAGCAGGAGAGGAAGAAAUGGCUCAAAACUGCUUCACCUGAGGAUGUGGAAUACUUAAACUGUCAGCAGGAACUCAUGGAUGAUCUGCAUUCACAGUAUCAAUUUGUGGAAAGAAUCAUUGGACAUUCAAAUCAGAAGUCGGCUGCAGGUUAUCCAGACUACCUGUGUAAAUGGCAGGGGCUGCCGUACUUUGAAUGCAGCUGGGAAGACGGAGCUCUUAUUGCCAGAAAGUUUCAGAAGUGCAUUGAUGAAUACAUGAGCCGAAAUCAGUCCAAAUCCAUCCCCUCCAGAGAUUGCAAGGUUUUAAAACAGAGACCACGAUUUGUGCCAAUGAAGAAACAGCCUCACUAUAUUGGUGGAGAUGGCCUAGAACUGCGGGACUAUCAGUUGGACAGUCUGAACUGGAUGGCCCAUUCUUGGUGCAAAGGGAACAGUUGUAUCCUAGCAGAUGAGAUGGGUCUGGGAAAAACCAUACAGACCAUCAGCUUCCUCAAUUACCUGUUCCAUGAACACCAACUCUAUGGGCCCUUCCUGCUGGUGGUGCCUCUGUCCACCCUCACAUCUUGGCAGAGAGAAAUCCAAUUGUGGGCUCCUCAGAUGAACGUUGUUGUCUACCUGGGUGACAUCAACAGCAGAAACAUGAUCCGGACACAUGAAUGGAUGCAUCCGCAAACCAAGCGACUGAAAUUCAACAUCCUGCUUACUACUUAUGAAAUUCUCCUGAAGGAUAAGUCGUUUUUAGGAAAUGUAAGCUGGGCAUUCAUUGGUGUGGAUGAGGCCCAUCGGCUCAAGAAUGAUGACUCACUCCUCUAUAAGACCAUGAUGGAGUUCAAGUCCAACCACAGGCUCCUGAUCACUGGCACACCCCUGCAGAACUCCCUCAAAGAGCUCUGGUCUUUACUGCAUUUCAUCAUGCCUGAGAAGUUUCACUCGUGGGAGCUGUUUGAAGAGGAUCAUGGAAAAGGUAGAGACUCUGGUUACACCAGCCUUCAUAAAGAGCUGGAGCCUUUCCUACUGCGCAGGGUAAAGAAGGAUGUGGAGAAAUCUCUGCCCGCCAAGGUGGAGCAAAUCCUCAGGGUGGAGAUGAGUGCCAUUCAGAAACAAUACUACAAAUGGAUAUUGACAAGGAACUAUAAAGCCCUUAGUAAAGGCACUAAAGGAAGCACGUCGGGCUUCCUCAACAUCAUGAUGGAGCUGAAGAAAUGCUGUAACCACUGCUACCUCAUUAAACCACCUGAUGACAACGAGUUCUACAACAAACAAGAAGGCCUACAGCAUCUGAUUCGCUGCAGUGGAAAGCUGAUUCUUCUUGACAAACUGCUUGUGCGGCUGAAAGAACGAGGCCACCGCGUGCUCAUAUUCUCCCAGAUGGUCCGGAUGCUGGACAUCCUGGCCGAGUACCUGAAGUACCGUCAGUUCUUAUUCCAGAGACUGGAUGGUUCCAUAAAGGGUGAGAUGAGGAAGCAAGCAUUAGAUCAUUUCAAUGCAGAUGGCUCAGAGGAUUUCUGCUUCCUGUUGUCCACUCGAGCUGGUGGUCUUGGCAUUAAUUUGGCCUCUGCAGAUACAGUGGUUAUUUUUGACUCAGACUGGAACCCUCAGAAUGACCUGCAGGCGCAGGCCAGAGCUCAUAGGAUUGGACAAAAAAAACAGGUGAAUAUAUACCGUCUGGUGACAAAGGGCUCAGUAGAGGAGGAAAUUAUUGAAAGAGCCAAAAAGAAGAUGGUGUUGGACCACCUCGUGAUUCAGAGGAUGGACACCACUGGGAAGACAGUCCUUCAUACGGGUGCUGCGCCUUCCAGUUCCACUCCAUUCAACAAGGAGGAGCUGUCGGCCAUCCUGAAGUUUGGAGCUGAAGAACUAUUUAAGGAGCAGGAAGGAGAAGAGCAGGAACCUCAGGAGAUGGAUAUAGAUGAAAUACUAAAGAGAGCAGAGACCAGGGAGAAUGACCCUGGACCAUCGAAUGUGGGAGAGGAGCUCCUCUCACAGUUCAAGGUUGCAAAUUUCUCCAUGAUGGAUGAAGAGGAGAUUGAAAUGGACACAGAUAGGAAUGUUAAGAACUGGGAUGAUAUUAUCCCAGAGGAGCAGCGAAGGAGACUCGAGGAGGAGGAACGACAGAAGGAGCUUGCAGAGAUUUAUCUACUGCCCCGCAUGAGGAAAUGCGCUAAACAGACCAACUUUAAUGGUAACGAAGGCAGACGCAGCCGGAACAGGCGAUACUCUGGUUCAGACAGCGAUUCUGUCUCGGACAGGAAACGGCCCAAAAAACGGGGAAGACCUCGAACCAUUCCAAGAGAGAACAUUAAGGGCUUCACUGAUGCUGAGAUACGCAGAUUUAUCAAGAGUUACAAAAAAUUUGGUGGCCCAUUGGAAAGGCUUGAUGCUAUAGCACGAGAUGCUGAGCUUGUGGAUAAAUCAGAACAUGAUCUGCGUCGGCUGGCUGAGACCGUUCACAAUGGCUGUCUGAAAACCCUGAGGGAGAAUCCCUGUGGACCGGAGAAAACCUCAGGAGGCAGACGAGGAAAGGUGAAAGGACCCACCUUCAGGAUCUCAGGGGUCCAGGUUAAUGCUAAACUGGUGAUUUCUCAUGAGGAGGAGCUGGCACCGUUACACAAAGCCAUUCCUGCCGACCCUGAGGAGAGGAAGAGGUAUAUAAUCCCAUGCCACUCAAAGGCAGCUCAUUUUGACAUUGAGUGGGGUAAAGAGGAUGAUUCCAGCCUGCUCAUCGGUAUCUAUGAGUACGGAUACGGCAGCUGGGAAAUGAUCAAGAUGGACCCAGACCUCAACCUCACACAUAAGCUUCUACCAGAUGAUCCUGACAAGAAGCCACAGGCCAAACAGCUUCAGACAAGAGCCGACUACCUCAUCAAAUUACUGAGUAAAGACCUGGCCAAGAAGGAAGCACAGAAACAAGCUGGCAUGUCAAAUUCACGGAAGAGGAAACCCAGAGGCAAGAAGAAUAAAGCUGUGAAACCAAAGGUGGAUGAUGUUAUGAACAGUCUGUCUUCAGUGCCUCCCUCAGAUAAGAGCUCCGAAGAUGAGGAUGAGAAAGAGGAGGAGGAAGAAGAAAAGGAAACAUCUGUUGUGAAGCCGCCCAAUAGAAAGGGACGGGCCACAGAGCGGGUGGUAAAGGAGGAAGAGGAGUCUGAGGAGGAGCAGCCUCAGGUUAAUGAGCUGGAAGAAAAGGAAAUGAAGGAAAAGGUGGUGAAAAAAGAAAUCAAGAAGGAGAAAAAAGAGGAGAGCCGUGAGAGCAAAGAGAAGGAACCAAAAGAGAAAAAGGAAAUUAAGCUGGACCCUGUACACAGAGAGGAAGAGUCCCCGGCAGAGAAGGCUCCAGAGGUGAAAACAGAAGUGUGGGAAAAGAAAGAUGAUACUCCCAUGCACACACCAGCAGGUGGAGAGAGUAUUCCAGCUUCUGAGGAGUCUGAAGAGCUGGACCAGAAGACUUUUAGUGUGUGCAAGGAGCGCAUGAGGCCAGUGAAGGCGGCACUAAAGCAGUUGGAUCGUCCAGAGAAGGGUCUGUCUGAGCGAGAGCAGCUGGAACACACACGCCAAUGCCUGAUCAAAAUAGGAGACCACAUCACAGAGUGUCUGCAGGAAUACACCAACCCUGAGCAGAUCAAACAGUGGAGGAAAAAUCUUUGGAUAUUUGUUUCCAAAUUCACUGAAUUUGAUGCAAGAAAACUGCAUAAACUGUAUAAGCAUGCAAUCAAGAAAAGACAAGAAAUUGCUCAGGCAGUGGAGCAGAACACUAGCACUGUAAAUACACAAAGCUUAAAACACACAGAUAUUGAACGGAUGAAGGAGUCACAGCAGGACGACAGCAGCAGAGAUAGCUACAGCUCAGACAGACACCAUUCAUCAUCUCGCUACCAUGAACACAGCAAAGAUCGCCACCCCGGUGAUUCGUACAGGAAGAGCUCCGACUCCAGGAAGAGACCCUACUCCUUCAGCAAUGGCAAAGACCACAGAGAGCGAGAGAGAGAUCACUACAGAGAGAGAGGAGAGCGACAGGACAGCAGAUACUUCAGCGACAGCAAGCACAGGAAGCUUGACCACCGAUCAGACAGCAACUCCAAGGACAGGAUGCACUCCGAACACCGCUCCCACUCUGAGCACCGCCUCGGCUCUGACUACACACACCACAAAUCCUCCAGAGACUACCGUUACCAUUCAGACUGGCAGAUGGAGCACCGGGUGUCAGGGAGCGGCCCCCGCUCUCCCAGAGACCAGCGCUCGCCACUCGGACACCGGUCACCCUUCGAGUACUCAUCUGACCACAAAAGCACACCCGAACAGGUCUGGAGCAGCCGCAAGACAUAACGCUCUACGCUCGGCUCUCCUCUCCUCCAAUCAGCCAUAGACACAAAACACACAGGAAAUGCCUUAGGGGAUUGUCGGCCGCUGCACUGGGGCUCUGGGAGUGCCACCCUUUCCUCAUCGGGGAGGAAACACAGAUCGCAUAUUUUUGUAUUUAAGAGUCGGCUGCAUCAUUUCUUAGGUGCUGCUGAGUAAAAAAUGUUUUUUAUUAUUUUUAUAAAUUGACUUUUUUUUUUUUUUUUUUUUUUACUUGGAAACAGAUGAUUCCAUGUUUCA